UUUACGCCCACACAAACACAUACAAUCUCUCUCUAUAUCGCUCGCGCUCUCUCUCUCUCUCUCUCUCUCCUCUCUCUCUCUCUCUGUGUAAAACAAUUUUCCCUUUCUACCGAAUUUCAAACCUAAAAAAAAUCUAGGGUUCUCCAUCAUCUGGGUUUUCAAUUCGCACAAUCCGGUGGCGAAUCGGUUGAGGGAAAUUCAUGGAGAUGGGUUCCGAAGCUGCACUUGAAUCGAAUAGAGGGUUUUGAGAGUGAGCUGAGGAGGGAUUUUUCUGGGGUUUUGAUCUAAUUAUUUCUCCGAUUCGGAUAAAGAGGUACUUACAUUGAAAUGGACAAAAGUAUUGUGGCUGUGGAAGACAAUCAUAGAGUAAGCGAUGCCAUAGCUCUACCUCCACCAAGGCCUUCAGGAUCACUAAUUCAGAUUAACUCCAUAGCAAUAGAUAUUAGCUGCGCGAAUGAGGCGAUUCAAGAGUCGCCAUCCGGAGGGCAUUUCUCCAUUCGUGGCUUUGUUGCUGGCGUUCGCGAAAAAGAUUGGAAGAUGUGUCUGCCUUUCGAUUCUGCUGCUGAUGAUGUCUUAAUGGAAAAUCUACCUCCGCUGUCCAUUCCAAAGUCGCGAUGGUGGCAUUGUACGCAUUGUGUUCCGGAUAUUCAUGCUGAUGAGAAGUCUGCUCUAGAAACACCUCUUGCAAUUGAAUAUGAUGCCGAGACAAGUUCGCGCCCAAAUGUAGGUGAAGAACGAGUCGGCUUGUUCUCGCAUAAUGUAGUAGCAGCACAAAUGGCAGGCAAAGAGUUCGAGUCGAGAGAUUCUGGACACAAAGAAGAAGAUAGUGAUCCAACUAACAAAGUGAUGAGUUGCCAUGUGCAGUCCAUUGAAGGACAUAAAACUACGACAAGCAACAGAGAGAAAAUCGACAUAGUCGAAGAUAAUGAAGGUGGAAAUGAACGUGCUUAUAUAACUGAAGCUAAUUCGCCGAAGGCUAAACAGAAGCAUAAGAAAAGUGCCGAUACUUCAAACACCGUGCACAAUGAAGUGGACAAUGCUUCGUCCGAAAGUGAAGAUGCUUUCAGUGUGUCUGUCGUGCACAGGCGAAAGCGGAAGCUGCGUUCUCUGGCUGAUAUCAUGUACGAAGAUAGGAAUUCGGGCGGUGAGCAUUCAAGAAUGCGAUCUACAUCAUCUAGCGGAACGCAGGUUAAAUCCACCGAGGCAGAAACCGAUUUACACCAUCAAAAUCUCCUUGAAGAGGUUCCGAAAAGUAGUAAAACUCCUCAAAGGAAAAGGAAAAGCGCAGUCGAAGAAGAACGGGGACCUUCCGAGCCGACAGCUUCAAGUAAAAGAUUGAAAGGCAAUGCUCCAGAUGCAGAGAAAUCGCGCCGGCAAGUCGGAGUAUCCAAUUCUGAAUCAGAAGGAAAUAACACCGCAUCCGCGCCAUUGGAAAUUCGACAUAAUGCCAAGACUCAGCCGACCAAAGCCAAGAAGAACAGGAUGCUCGAUGCUGGCAAAAAGUCGAGGCCGAGUUACAUUGAUAACAGAACUUCGCCGAAUCUGGAGAAACCUUUCGUCGCCCCCCCAGAGAUGAGUAUUGGUAACACCACCGGAAAUGUCCAUUCUGCGGUUAGCCGGGGAGAAAAGGAGACGUACUUCUCCGGCUUUCAAUCCGAGAAACAGGUGGAUAGAAUCCCGCAUCUUUUGAAAGGCAAGAGACCCGUAGCUGAACCCGAGCAUUGCUCGUCGAUGGCUCCUCUCGGAAAGAAUGCGUUCAGCGAUCACAGCGCCGCACAAAGAGAAGUGGCGUUGGAACUUUCGCUCAACAGUUGUAUCGGAGCCGAGCGAAACACCAACAGCCACAUGUCUUUCCGGAAGCAGCAUAGCAACAUUCCUGAUCUCAACGAAUCGUUCACCGAGAAAACAUCGACUGCUCACGGGAAGCAAUUACCGGCAGUUCCUGAGAAGGGGAGCUUGAUUCCUAACCGAACAAUGGAAAUGCUGGCGUCGUGUAGUGAAGAAGGCAAAGUGAUUCCGGGAGCCUCUCAGCCGCAAGGCGUUCAAAGCGUGAACACUUCUGUCGAGUCCGGAGGAGUUUCGGAUGAUAUACCGAUGGAAAUAGUCGAGCUCUUGGCAAAGAAUCAGCGAGAACGAGCACUCGCGAAUUCGAGGCAGCAUAUACCGUACAAGGGGAUCCAUGGCUCGAUGAGAGGACCGCCGCCUCCGCCGGUCUAUCUGGACGGACACCCAAGCACAUUUCAUUUCCCGGCAAGAAAUAGCGUAAACUUCACGAGCAACGAGAUGAAUCGGGGGCUUCUAAACUUUCCCCAUCCGAAAAAGUGUCGUAUGGAUACAGGAAAUCUCGAUGGCAGCCGGUUCAGUCUCUUCGGUCCGUUCAAUCCGAAUCGGCAGAGGAAAGCGCAAUUUUCAACUCCGAGUAAUGUCAUGUCGUCGGGGCUGAAACUUGGCGAAGGAUCGGACCUGCUGUGGCCGCCGAGGAGCAAGAAUGUGCCGUUCAAUGUUGGUAUCGCUCCGAAUUGCUCGACUCAGGCUAAUACAUUCGGAGGUCCGCCGCCGUUCCCAGACAGCUACUAUAAGGGAAAGUCGAUCAACGACUCGAAGGGCAAGGGGAAGAUUAUGGGCGACGGGAUGGAGGGACGUAAGUCGUUAGAUUCUUAUUCGAACGAUACGAUCCCAGCGAUGCAGCUACUGUCUUUGAUGGAUCGAGGCAUUGCCUCCGCCGGCACGUCGUUCAAAUCCGAGAAAAAUAGCUUCCUCAACAAGCCCUUUACGCCAUGCAGCCACCACCCGCCGCCGCUGAACUCGAACGACACACCCACCGGAAUUCCGUUCCUUAAUACCGCGACGUACUCUCAAGGCAGCCAUUGCAAGAACUUCCCGGCCAGUUUAUACAACGGAGUUGGUUUUCCCGGCGGCGUCGAGAGCUUGAAGAAGCCUCAUCCGCGAGGCCAAGUAUCGUCGCAAGAACCGGUGCAAUCGAAGAGCCCUUACUUCGGCGGCGCGAUCCCGCCGUCGAGAGAGACGUUAUCAAUGGGUGUGUGCGCGCUGAACCGGAACCCUGCCGACUUCACCGUUCCGGAGGCCGGCAACGAGUAUAUGAUAAGCGCAAAAGACUUGAAAGCUCGGAAGCGCAGCAAUGCGUUGAAGGAAAGAGUUCAGCAUGCGAAUGUCGACGGCCAGAAGAGGCAGCGCGCGAGGAAAAUUCCGGCCGCCGGAAAGUCUUAUCGGGAAAAUUCGUUGGUCUGAAAGUAUGUUAUUCCGACGUCGUCUUCUACUUUGGUUGCAGGGCUGAUGCUGGAGUGUAUUCUUGUUUGUGCAUUUUGAUGUGGAGACAUUUUACGAAGGAAGGGUAAUAAGGUAGGGUUGUAGAGAGUGUGAUUUAUUGUGAUGGGUGUUUUGAAUUUCUGUUUUCUGUUAUGUUCUUCGUUUGUUUUUUUUUUGGAACAGAUAUUUUCUGUUAUGUUAUUUAAACUGCUGUGUGUUGGAUUCAACAAUAAGUUACAAUUUGUUAGACACAUGUAUGUUUGUU